CAAGAACCUCCGAGGUUGGUGUCCGCCGCUCGGUGCGGCGGCUUUGUUUGCCGCGGGCUGGCCCGCGCGUUGCCUGCGGCUUAUCGUCCUCGUGACACUGCUGCCCGCCUUUGGCUUCGUUGUCUCUGCGCCCGAGCUUCUCUUCCGGAAACCGCUGGAAGGAGCCGGAGCGCCGCUAGGCUGGGGCCUGCGGGAGGCUUGUCAGCGAUGCGAAGCGGCCGCUCGACGGUCCGUGGUGCCUCAGUGGUAAUAAUAGUGAUGAUCAUUGUAAACGUGUUGGUGUAGCAUCUCACUGUUUGGUGGUCUCACAAUAACUGUCGGACGAGAUCUGAAGAUAUUUUCCUGGAUGUGGACUAAUUUUUCAAAACCACUGUGUGGGGAAAGCAUUGUAUGGCAUUUGUUGAAAAAUGUUUGGGAGAUUGACUCUUCCACAACUGCUUUUUGCUAGCAUCCUUGGAAUUGCUGGAGGGAUGUAUAUUUAUCAACCAAUAUUUGAACAGUACUACCGAGAUCAGAUGGAAGUAAAAGAAAAGUUGAAAUUGGCACAAGAAUCAGAAGAGAAGAAAAGUUAAUACUACAUGGAGUUGAAUUGUAAUUGUCUAAUGUUCUAUUGAAAUUAUACAUUGACUAUAAAUAAUCUAAUGAAAACUUCUCAAAUAUGUUUUAAACACAAAUAAAUCAUAUGUAAUGAUUUUAAAACAA